AUUCAAUUAUUCACCUACUUAUUUCUAUAGGGUUUCAAGUCCAAACCCAAAGAGUGUGAUACCCCUCUCAGAAGUCACACUGAAGGCACCAAUCCAUGGCAUGGACAAGAUCCUUUGCUUAGCUCUAAACUACGCUGAUCACUGCAGAGACCAUAAGUUACCUGAGCCUAAAGUACCAGUAGUCUUCCACAAGUUCGCCAGUACCAUUAUUGGGCCUAAUGAAGCUAUUAAGAUUAGAACUGAUGUAACCAAGAAACCAGACUGGGAAGUGGAACUGGCUGUGAUUAUUGGCAAGACUGCAUCGUCCGUGAAAGCUGCAGACGCAUACAAAUACAUAUUCGGGUAUACUGUCGCUCAGGACAUCAGCGGACGAGACUGGCAGAAGGAAGCCAAUGGAGGACAAUUUUUAUUGGGAAAGUCUCAAGACACAUUUUGUCCAAUUGGCCCAUGGAUAGUGACAGCUGAUGAGAUCAGCGAACCACACAAUUUGAACAUCAAAUGUUUCUUGAACAACGAACUGAAACAAAACAGCAACACCAGUAAUCUGAUCUAUAAGAUACCUGCCAUCAUUGAGAGGAUUAGCACAGUAAUUACAUUGCUCCCAGGUGAUUUAAUCCUCACUGGUACUCCUGGAGGAGUAGGAGUUUACCAAGACCCACCUGAAUUUCUUAAGCCAGGCGACGUACUUACAAGUGAAAUAGAAAAGAUUGGAACUUUAGUGGUCAAAGUUGAACAAUUUAAAUAAUGUUAAAACUAUACAAAAUAUUUUUAAUAUAGGUCUUUGGAUCGUGUGUUUACUAUACAUAUAUUUAUUAGGAAUUUUAUUAAUUGCUG